ACUAAACCGACCAAAACAAAACCGACCAAGACUAAGCCCACUAAAACAAAACCCACCAUAACUAAACCGACCAAAACUAAGCCCACUAUAACUAAACCAACAAAGACUAAGCCCACUAAAACUAAACCGACCAAAACAAAACCGACUAAAACCAAACCAACCAAGACUAAACCCACCAAGACUAAGCCCACUAAAACUAAACCGACCAAAACGAAGCCCACUGAAACAAAACCGACCAAAACAAAACCGACUAAAACCAAACCGACCAAGACUAAGCCCACUAAAACUAAACCCACCAAGACUAAGCCCACUGAAACUAAACCGACUAAAACUAAACCGACCAAGACUAAACCGACUAAAACUAAACCGACCAAGACUAAGCCUACUAAAACUAAGCCCACUGAAACUAAACCAACCAAAACUAAACCCACCAAGACUAAGCCCACUAAAACUAAACCGACCAAAACGAAGCCCACUGAAACAAAACCCACCAAAACCAAACCGACCAAGACUAAGCCCACUAAAACUAAACCCACCAAGACUAAGCCCACUGAAACUAAACCGACUAAAACUAAACCGACCAAGACUAAACCGACUAAAACUAAACCGACCAAGACUAAGCCCACUGAAACUAAACCGACCAAAACGAAGCCCACUGAACCCACCAAAACAAAACCGACUAAAACCAAACCAACCAAGACUAAGCCCACUAAAACUAAACCGACAAAGACUAAACCCACUAUACCGCCCCAAGUUAAACAUCCUGCACAAUACUAUAAACAAUAUAUGCCUUCCAUUUAUUCUCCUUACCAUACCUACUCACUGCCUGAGCCAUUAACUACUACUCCACCUUCUACAACAGAGCCCCCUCCACCACCUACUACCCCACCCUUUACAACAGAGCCCCCUCCACCACCUACUACCCCACCCUUUACAACAGAGCCCCCUCCAUCACCUACUACAACAGAGCCCCCUCCACCACUUACAUUGCCUUGACCACAUUGUCAUCCGCAUGCUGCUGUUCCUGAGUUUCCGUACAUGCAUAUCCACCUCCCUAUCCCCUACCAUAUCCCCCUCAAGUGUGAUGUGUUUUAAUAAAUGGUUUGACAAACAAGUGA